AAUUUCGAAGAUUUCGAUCCAGCAAAAGAAGGCAACUCGGCACUUCCUCGUAGUGCUUUACAUUGCCUUCAUGCUUGGCUGAGCGCUAAUCUCAAUCAUCCGUACCCCAGCCCUGAGGUAACCAGGGCUUUGGCUAGGAAAUGCAACCUCACAGAAAAGCAAGUGAACAAUUGGUUCACCCACGCAAGGGCAGAUCGGGUACAUAAAUUAGAGGAUUCGGCAAGA